GGAGUAGUUCUUCUGAUACAGGAUCACCCAGUUAAUUUUCUGAUUUACCAAGGUUAACUCUGACCAUCAUAUCUACCUCUCCGAAUAACCGCACAAUUAACCGUCCGGCUAAAUGAGGUUUUUAUAUUUAAAUUUCCACUAAAAGAAUGUGAUGUUAGAUGUUAUGCUCAUGUGAAUCUGAUAAGCAAAUUUCUUGCUGCUCCACUUACUGUAGUUAACUAUGAAAUUGGAGUUUACGUUUGUUAUGAUGUUGAGAUUUCUGCUCCCUGCAAUGUAAGGUUAAAUUUUUGUUUAAUGGAAAAAUCAAAUGAUCAAGUAAAAAGGGGGAAUAUGUUGUUGUUAUUAGUUUAUUGUGCUUUUGCAGCCACGUUUUAAAGACGCCUUGUAUGUCAAUGCAAAAUUCAAAGAAAUUAACAUAUUUUCUAGAACAAAGAAGGGGAUAUUGAUUGGCUUUUUUCAUAUUUAAAGUUUGUAUAAUAUAAUAGAUCAGUUAUCAAGUUUGUUACUGUUAUGCCAAUUAAUCUUUCAAAUAAAAUUUGAAUAACGUUUGUAGUGUUGUUUGUGCAUUGUUCUUCACAAUGUGAAUAUUCUUCAUAUUAUGGUUGCACGUUAGUAUGGGUAGAUAGUAUUGUCGCACCAGUUUGCCUCCAACCGGCUGGUGGGAUUGUUAAUCUUGUUUAUUUUUAUUUUUUAUUUUAUUGUUUGUAUUGUGAUUGUGAUUUUUUUUAUUGUGAUAGUGAUUGUGAUUAUUAUUAUUAUUAUUAUUAUUAUUAUUAUUAUUAUUACUACUUAUUUCGAUCUAUCACAGACUUGCUUUAAAGGACGUCGCCUGCCGACUAAUACUUAAAACAGAUUUCUGCAUUUUUCUCAAAAUAUCUCUCCAUCUCUCUUCCCCAACUAAUGCCUUCACAUUGUCUCUGAGUCCUCUUGAGUAUCCCCCAUGGAGGUAAAUAAACAUUGGCCUGCUUUAUUUCAAAACCAGGGUAGUGUCGCUUGAGUUCCAAAUGUUCCUUCUCUUCUUCCUUCACCUGGCGAUUUUCGACCCACGAGGAACUCAUCUCCAAAAGCGUUAUCCUAUUACUUUCUGUGGCUCUUUCUCUAUCUACGAUUCUUGCGUCCACUCUGUUCGCUGUGACUUUAGCGUGUUCAGACCGUAUACACUGCAACGUCUCAAAAUGCCCCCACAUGAUUGUUUUCGUACCUAACAGGGGCUGGGUGGGGGAGUGGCAGACUAAAGAAGGUCACGUGGUUUAAUAUCGAACCAAGAUGGCCGCUUGCAAUCGACUUGCGACGAUUUUACCGAAAUACAGUCAAAGCUCAAGAAAAAUUGAUUGUUGCGGUACUUGCAAGUGAUCCCAGACAUUUUGACACUUGAUUGAAUGAUACGUUGUGAUAUAAAACGAUACUAUCGAACACUGUAUCGAAGAAAAAGGUAAGCUUAUAAAGUAGGUCUUCUGAUUUGAUCGACGAAAAUAAUGUUAUUUUGUCUACUCGUACACGUUACUAGAGCUUAAUUCGCAGAGAGUUUGUGUAUCUUUUUAAAAAAGGUUUACUUCCUAAUUAUUUUCGUGAUAUCUUCACUCCUGCAAGUCAGACCCAUUCGCAUAAAUAUAAGCUACGAGAAAUUACAAUUCGUUUUCAUAUAAGCUUAUUUCCUUGUCAAGGUCCUAAGUCUUUGAACUCGCUAAGUCAGGAAAUUCAAAAUAGUGAAAAUAUUGGUUUGGUUGGAAAAAGACUGAAAAAUUCCUUGUUUCCUAGUCACAUGAACUCUUUUGUGGAGCUACGUAUGUUUUCUUUUCUUCCUCCACUACUUCCAUUUUUUUAAAAUAAUGGUCUAUUUUUCAUUCAGUUCCCUUAAUUAACAUUCUUAGGCGGAAGUUCAUAAUCCCCCAGCUUCACUACAGGUUUCCAGAGAUGCCAGCCUCUGAAGAUUUAAAUUCUGGAGAGUCUCUCUUUUGGCAUAUCCAACAGGCCCCUUCCCCCGCCCCCCUCCCUCCCCUCCCCCUCCCCCCAUAACAAAAUAUCAGCAAGUAGUAGUUUGUCUAUAUCAGUGUUUAUCACCAUUUCAAACAGUGUACAUUUUUGGUGUAAAGGUUGACAACUGAUCUCACCAUUUUGUCUGAUGCCAACUAACAUACUGCUUAUGGAACCUAGAACUUAUUAUUUCACACCUGUGAAUGGAACAAUGCAUGUUGAGAAACUUAUGUGGUUGGACCUUAGGAAAAAUUCGCACUGUUUCAAAUUUCAUCGAUCUUAUUCAAUUUCUUUUAGUUUGUAAAAUCUUGGCGAAAUUGUGUGGGGUUGAAUCCAUGAGGACCGUAUCUGAGUUGAGAAAAAGAAAAGGAAAAUUUUUGUGCUGUGGUCACCAACUCCAUAAAGCGGGCACAUGAAAUAGUUUAAUUAGGAAGUUCCAUGUCGCUGACUGCUACGACGGCUAAGAAACGUCCACAUGCAAAGUUUUUGUUUUAGUGUUCUCAUAGCCAUCGCUGUCGUUGUUGCUUAAACUCCAUGGCCGUGUUGUCCGAAGCUGGGUUAAGAUAACUCAGGGUUAGUGCAAAUUUUGAACUCAGAUAUGAGAGCGCAAAAAGCAAAUUCAGUUUAAUUCUCUUUCCCUACAAUUUGAUGAUUGGAUACUCUAAAAGGAAUAGAGAAAAUUAUCCGAGAGAGUGCUUCUGAUAAAAAGAGAAAGAACCUCGGGUUAAAAUUUAACCCCAGGUUAGCACUAACCAGCAUUCGAACAACUGGGCCCAUAUUGUUGGGAUCCAGAAAUGUUGCUACCAUGGUAACAUGUCAUCACACUUCUCCUCUCUAUUAGCACGGAUUAAAAGGUGCUAAUAACUUGUUCCUCAUCUGCCAGUACAAACAUUUCACAGAAAGUAUUCCUCAUUAAAAGACAGUAUAUGGCAAAAAGCAUCCAGUCAUUUUUCCCUAUGGAUGACUAGCGGAUACACCUUUAUCAGAGGAGAUAGCUACUACAUAUAUAUUUGUCACAUAUCUUGCACCAGUCCCUUGUUUUUUUUUGUUUUUUUUUCUAAGCAACCAGCUGUAAGACCUUCACCACAUUUUCACCAAAUUCAUGCCUUGGGAGCUGGUGAAAUCACAGGCGGCCCAGACGUAAUAUGCGUCACUGAAUGAAUAUAUUAAUAUCUAUAUGGACAAAUUAAUGCGAUGAGUCGGCGAAACUCCCAUGGACUAAAAUAGUCUAAAAGUCAAAAUAUAACAAAACAAAGCUAAGAUACCUUCAACCGAACGUAUCCUUGUCUUUCCUGGCCGGUUUAAGUGGCAUUUUAUUGAGUUUUGCAAUUGUAGGUACUAUCCACUAAAGAAGAAUUAAAGGCUGGCUACAAAACAAACAAACCAUCUCCACGCGCCUUCACACGAAGCGCUAUAAAUUCGAGAAUAAUCGACGAAUCCGCUCCAAAUAACCAUCGGCUAAUCUGCAGGUAACGUGUGCUCCUGCUUCUGGCUCGCUUGCUCCACAAAACUCAUCGCAACUGCACAAUAAUUGCUCGCUCAUCAACAACCACUGUUGACCUUUACGCUUGGAUAUGACCGCAAACGACCAGGUUUAAUACGCGACGUGAAUAUUCAAGCUUGGCGAUCGCGUUCGCGCAACAAUGCAGCACUUGCUAUGGGAGGGAUGGUACUAUUGCUUCCACGUCAAUCAAUCGGGAAAAUAAUAUUGAAGCCCUCACGUAAUUUUUAAAAGGAUCCAAUUUGCCCAAGGAGCACCGAAGAGAUACGAAUCUUACAGCGGAGCUAAAAAAAAUGAGCGGCAGUGGAAAAAGUGAACAAGAACAUGUACCACAUUUUCUCCAUAAAAAGUGAAAACCAGGAAGUUUUCUGGACGUUUCACGUUGCAGUCAUGCAAAUCAACGGCAAGGAAAUGUACAAGAAAGUGUGCUGCAAUUAGACCUAUUGUUGUUUUUCACAGUUCUGGUCAAGGGCAUCCAACUUUUAAUUUUUCACAUUUCACUCACCGGAUUAGGCUAUUUUUCGUAGAGAGUAAAAUGGUAUCCUAAAAUUUUCGGAUUCAAAAAUGUGAUGAAAGAAGGUAUCUGAAAAAUUAUCUCCUUCGUAAUACGUUAAAUUGCAUCUAAAAUUUUCGGGAAAAUAAUUCUGAAUUCCUCGUUAUUUCGAAAAGACUCAAGUUCCUCUAGAAUAGCCGAACACUGAGAUGCAAAUUUUAUAGCGCCACUAUGCAUUUCUAUAGAGCUAAAAGUACUUUAUGAAUAGCUACAAAAGUGUUUUCAAUUGAAAGUAUUUGAGGAAACAGUCGUUGGAUGACCCUGUCUCGUUGCCUUCUCCGCUUAGCAUUACACGAUAUAUUUUAUAUUUAGUAUGAGCAAACUAUAAAUCAUUAGCUUCGCUUUUAGCCCUCCUGACUAAAUUUAUGUAAGCGCUCUUUAGAAUGCAUUUUUCGAUCAAAAGUAAUCUGGACAGCCUUAAAUGUGUUUUCAAUGCAUUUAGGGGGAAAUCAUCGUUGGGUGUCCCUGAGUUUUGAGAAUAAUAAUAAUAAUAAAAAAAAGAUAUCGCGCACAUAAAUUUUACUUUACGAUAUCUUCAGCUGUAUCUUCUAUUCAGCUGCAUAGCGGGGCCAGAUUUUGCCUUUUUCCUGGGCGGAAAAUUCUCGUCCUUCUUCACCAGUUUGGACAACAUAUUAUGGAGUAAGACGUUGUUAAUCUAAGCAAAAAAGUCUGGUAGAGUCAAGAACCUAUGCAAGCGGCUGGACGAACAAAGUGAUAGCAGCUGAGACAGCCAACGUUAGAAGAAUUCGAACUUGAAAACCAGGGCUGCCCUGUUGAAAACUUACGGACGGUCCCGCGAUCGCCUUUUUUUUUCUGGUCAAAACUAACGCAGCGAACCUUCGGUCAGUCGAUUGACCUAGAAGCAAUAGUACCAUCUCUCCCAUAGCAAGUGCUGCAUUGUUGCGCGAACGCGGUCGCUAAGCUUGAAUAUUCACGUCGCGUAUUAAACCUGGUCGUUUGCGGUCAUAUCCA